AUGGCUAUGCAGCUUGACUUGUCGCAGGCUUCGGUCAUCAAGGAUGAGCAGGGCCGCCCUUUUAUCAUUGUGCGAGACCAAGGAAAAAAGAAGAGACAACACGGUAACGAGGCGGUCAAAUCACAUAUUGUUGCGGCAAAGACUGUUGCCAACAUCGUCAAGACUUCGUUGGGACCACGAGGUCUAGAUAAGAUUCUCAUUUCGCCGGAUGGGGAUAUCACAGUCACGAACGAUGGAGCCACGAUUCUAGGACAGAUGGAAAUCUCAAACAAUGUCGCUAAACUUCUUGUCGAAUUAUCGCAAUCCCAGGACGAUGAAAUCGGUGAUGGAACAACCGGUGUCGUGGUGUUGGCUGCUGCCCUCUUGGAACAAGCAUCUGAGUUGAUUGACAAGGGUAUCCAUCCGAUUCGGAUCGCCGACGGCUACGAUGCAGCUUGCGAAAUCGCUAUUGCACAACUCGACAAGAUCAGUGAUGAGAUCACCUUUUCUACGGACAAGACAGACAAUUUGAUGAAGGUCGCCAAGACAUGUCUGGGUAGCAAGAUUGUUUCCAAAUCUCACGAACAAUUCGCUAAAAUCGCCGUCGAUGCCGUGCUCUCCGUCGCCGAUCUCGAGCGGAAAGAUGUGGAUUUCGAGCUUAUCAAGGUUGAUGGCAAAGUUGGCGGUUCCCUUGAAGACUCCUUGCUCGUCAAGGGUGUCAUUGUCGACAAGGAUUUUUCACACCCCCAGAUGCCCUCGGAGGUCCGGGAUGCCAAAUUGGCCAUUCUGACCUGCCCGUUCGAGCCUCCCAAACCCAAGACCAAACAUAAACUUGAUAUCACAUCGGUGGAAGAAUUCAAGCGCCUGCAGGCAUACGAAAAGGACAAAUUCACAGAGAUGAUUCAACAAUUGAAAGACUCUGGUGCCAAUCUCGUUAUCUGCCAGUGGGGUUUCGACGAUGAGGCCAAUCACUUGCUUUUACAGAACAAAUUGCCCGCGGUUAGAUGGGUUGGAGGUCCUGAGAUUGAAUUGAUUGCUAUUGCGACCAAUGGACGUAUUGUUCCUCGAUUCGAAGACCUCACUGCUGAGAAGCUCGGCACUGCUGGUUUGGUUAAGGAGUUGACCUUUGGCACAACACGUGAGAAGAUGCUUGUUAUCGAAGAGUGUGCGAACAGCCGGGCUGUGACGGUGUUUGUACGGGGUAGUAACAAGAUGAUCAUCGACGAAGCCAAGCGAUCGCUACAUGACGCUCUGUGCGUUGUGCGCAACUUGGUCCGAGACAACCGCGUUGUGUACGGUGGUGGUGCUGCCGAGAUUGCAUGCUCCAUUGCAGUCGAGGACGCCGCUAUCAAGAGCCCUGGCAUUGAACAAUACGCCAUGCGAGCAUUUGCCGAUGCUCUUGAUGCUGUGCCACUGACAUUGGCCGAGAACUCUGGCUUGAACCCUAUUGAAACUCUUGCAUCUAUCAAAUCACGACAGGUCAAGGAGAAGAACACCCGACUGGGUGUCGACUGCAUGUUCACCGGCAACAAUGAUAUGAGAGAACACUUUGUCAUUGACCCUCUCAUUGGAAAACGCCAACAACUCCUCCUUGCCACGCAAUUAUGCCGAAUGGUCUUGAAGAUCAAUAAUGUCAUCAUCUCCGGCGACGACCAGAGUGAGUUUUAA